AUGAAAAUUGAUAAAAAAAAGGAAUUCAAAAAAAAGUUGAUAACAUGUUGUUCUCUUUUACAAGUAUCUGAACCCCUUAAAAUAAUUAUCGAUGAAACAUUUUUAAAUAUUUGUAUUACUCAUAAGAUCCCUUUAAAAGAUGAAUUAACAAAAUUAAUAAACAGACAGAUAUUAAUCAUGACAACAAAAUGUAUAUCAAACUAUACAAAAGAAAUAAAUAAUGAAGAAACUGCAUAUGGUAUUAGAAAAAUAACACACUAUAAAUGUGGUCAUAAUGAAAAUAAUACUAUAAAUUCUGCUAAUGAAUAUAUAAAAAAAAUAAAAAAAGAAAAUAAUUACAUAUUUUCUCCAAAUAAUUUUUUUGAAAAUCAAAUAAAAGCAACUCAUAAUUUUGAUAACUUAUAUAAUGAUCAAAUAGGAGGUACAAAAACGAAGGACAACCAACAAGAUCACCAAACUGACGAGCAACGUCAAGUUGAAAAUAAAUAUGGGGAAGACCAAGGUGAGGACAACAAAAAUGAAAAAGAUCAAGUUGAAAAUAAAGAUGGGGAAGAAAAAGAGAAGGACGAUGACUUGUCUGACUCUAUGAAAUGCAUAAUAGAUUUAGUAAAAAAUAAUAACGAAAAAAAAUUUUUUAUUGCCACAAAUAAUAUGCCGCUACGAGCAUAUCUAAGGAGAGUAUUUUUAGUGCCCAUUCUGUACGUUAGCGAAAGUGGAGUAAUAAAAAUGGAGGAUAUAUCAUCAAAAAAUAUGUUUAAAAAAAAAAAUGUAGAACUAAAAAAAAUGAAGAUGCUUAAAUGGGAAAGAGAUUUAAAAAUGGCUGAGCAAAGAAAAAAUAAGGAAUCCAAGAUAAACACAAAGAAAAAAAAAAUAAAUAAAAUGCGCCGAAAUAGAUAG